AUGUUGUCCGCGAAGAGCGCGAUGAAGGAGCUCGUGGGUGAUCGCUCUCCCACUAUUCACGCGCGAGAUUCCUACUUCUCCGCGCCCAGCCUCAGCACUGCUCUCGCAGACCAGGAGCUGGAGACAGCAAUCUCCUGUCGCUUCCAGGGUAAAGCUGUGAACCAAGCCGACAUGCAUCUCUCAGCGCCAGCUCCUGUACCGCCUCAGCUCGGAUGCAGCCCGGUACAUAUGAAGCCAAUCAUCGUGGCAGAUUGGCGAUCAGACCAGCCCCUAGGCCAGCCGGAUUAG